UACUUGUCCUUUUGUUUGUCGCAGUCGCUACUGACCAACCAGAGAAACAAAAAAUAAAAUAAAAUAAAAAAGGAAGACUGAGAAUUUUAGUAAACAAAAUCACAAUCCUCACUAUGCUUACAUUUUUCGUGUCUCACGGCGACAUUAUUAUCUGUAUUUUUGUCAUUAUCAUUUAUUAAACUCUAUUUCUCUCUCUAUAUCACUCUCUUUCUGACUCUGUCUCUGUCUCUGGUUCUCUCUCUGUUGGUUUUCGGCAAGCUCUGGUCUCCCUAAGAACACUUGCAUUUGAGGGGUAAGGGGCACAGUGGUAAAAUGGAGAGGAAGCAGGGGUUCUUUUCGGCUUUAAAAGAGGAGGUGGUUAGGGGCUUAUCGCCGGGAAGGUCUAGAGCCAAGAGUCCUGCUAGGAGCGCGUCCCCAAUGUCGAAUUUGUUACGGAGGAGAAAGGGACGUGGACACCACGUGGCGCAGCCCGAGCCGUUGAUUAUAGCAAGAUCGGGGAGCUUGAGGCCUGUGGAGGCAUUAUCGCCGUUGAAGGAGGGGCCUGAUCAAGACGACGGUGGAGAUUCGAGGAUGGAAGGGAGGUGGGGCCACUGGAUGAAGGGACAGCUGUCAAGAACGCCGUCCGUUGCGUCGUCAAAUGCGUGCAAUCGCUCCGAUCUGAGGUUGCUGCUGGGUGUACUGGGUGCGCCACUUGCUCCGGUCCACGUCAGUAGCGCCGAGCCUUUGCCUCACCUUAGUAUAAAAGAUACUCCAAUUGAAACUUCAUCUGCUCAAUAUAUAUUGCAGCAGUACACAGCAGCUUCAGGAGGGCAAAGAAUUCAAAAUUCCAUCCACAAUGCUUAUGCCAUGGGAAAGGUGAAGAUGAUAGCGUCUGAGUUUGAAACAGCAAACAAGGUCACAAGGAAUCGGAAUUCCUCCAAAGCUGCUGAGUCUGGUGGGUUUGUCCUCUGGCAAAUGAAUCCAGAUAUGUGGUAUGUCGAACUUGCUCUUGGUGGCAGCAAGGUCCAUGCUGGCUGCAAUGGGAGGCUUGUGUGGAGGCACACACCCUGGCUUGGUGCACAUGCUGCAAAGGGUCCUGUUAGACCAUUGCGUCGUGCACUUCAGGGUCUUGACCCAGGAACAACUGCAAGUAUGUUUACCAAUGCAAGAUGCAUUGGCGAGAAGAAGAUAAAUGGAGAUGACUGCUUUAUCCUCAAGAUAUGUGCAGAUCCUGCAACUCUGAAGGCUAGGAGUGAAGGACCCGCAGAGAUCAUAAGGCAUGUUUUGUUUGGCUACUUCAGUCAGAAAACUGGGCUCCUUGUUCACAUAGAGGACUCCCAUUUGACCCGCAUUCAAAACAAUGGAGGUGAUGCUGUGUACUGGGAGACGACAAUCAAUUCUUUCCUUGAUGAUUAUAGGCCUGUGGAUGGUGUUAUGAUUGCUCAUUCAGGGCGUUCUGUAGUUACCCUUUUCCGGUUUGGAGAUACUGCAAUGAGCCACACCAGGACCAGAAUGGAAGAAGCAUGGGUGAUUGAGGAAGCAGCUUUCAAUGUCCCAGGCCUAUCAAUGGAUUGUUUUAUUCCUCCUGCUGAACUAAGAUUUGCUUCUAUUAGUGAAACCUGCGAGCUUCCUAAGAGUCAGAGGGUAAAACCUGCUGCAGCUGCUGCAGCAUAUCGUGCCAAAGUCGCUGCAUUGGAUAGGUCUCGUGAUAACACAAUGUGGAAGACAGAUAUUUAGGUAAUGGAAAGGGCUUGUGGCAUGUUAUUGCGCAGCUAGGAUAGGCGUCUGGUUUACUGGGCCAACCAAUUAGCAGGUGAACUGGUAAAGGCAGUAGGUAGUUGUUUGCUGAAGUUUUGGCAUUGAAUUAGUCUCUUUAAAUUUGUAAAUAGAGCAAAGCCAUUUCGUAUAUUUUCUCAGGUUCUCAUUGAAUACUUUGUGUUCUCCAAGGAAUUAGAGCUGACAAAGGUUUGUUUCUCCACUUACCCGUCGCAUAGAUAUUUUCGUUAGUGAUAUCUGUAGUUCAUCUUUCUUGUAUUGUUUUAUCAUCAAUGAAGCUAUUCAAGUGUAGUAAAUCACCUGACAUCUGGGGUUUCUUGUUAGGUGCAAAUUGUAAAGCCCAUUUAACAAAAAUAAGAUAGAGCUUUUACCUGAAAAAAGUGAUUUCAAGAAAAAAAGUAAAGAGUUUCUCAGAGAAUGAGAAUGAUUUUCAUUUAACGCUAGAAGUUUCUUGUUUGUGGAAAUAUGUUUGUUGCAAAAAUUGCGGAGAGGGACGGGCCAAAAGUGUAUGCAUCCCUAGAGUGCUUUAUUUAUUGCGGUCUUUUCAUUUGUAUGUAAGAUAUGAAACACGCAGAAACUAUAGAUAUUGAUUGUGGGGAGGACCCAUAUGUAGGCAAGUUCUGAAUGGCUACUCAACAAAGGUUUCGCAGCUGCUGCUGCCUGUCUGGUUCUCGCUCUCUGUUUCUUACACCCACCCCAUAAGAUAAUUCCCGGUUAUAACCUGUGCUCAUCGCAUAGAAUAAGAAGUUGGAUUCUAACAUUAACACCUCACACGAGAAAAUUAACCAUCCCAACGAUGUCCUCAGUCCCCACGCAGAGGGCGGGAAGAUAUUAUUCCCAAGAACUCUGUUGUGUCAAUAGUAUCAGGAUGAGAGUGUAAAAAAGCAAAUGAAAAAUCUAUAAAUCAUUUCCCUUGUAGAAAAACUGAAAUUGUCUGAAGAAAAAAAAAAAAAAAGAAAAAAAACUAAAAACUGUUGGACCGAAAUUUUGUUGUGAUAGAUGUUGGGCUGGCUGGGCCCCCCUGAUGGUACCUUCAACAGUGCUUCAGGCCUUUUUUUAUUGGAUCAGUGUUUUAUGCUUGAAAAAAGAAAAAAGUCAACUUUAAUAUGCCACUAUCAUGCACUUCAUUAAUGUAGCGCUCGAGGAAGAGAAGAAGGCCUAGAAAAUAUAUUAUCUUGAUAUGUUUUGGGGGCUAUGAAGCCCAUAGCUCAGAUUUUGUUGAAAACUCUUAACAGGCCCAUUUCAGAGCUGAAGAGGCUUUUGGGGUCGAUUAGUCAUAAUCUGGUGAGGAACUGUUACUGUUUGUUGUGAGUGUCAAAUUGAUUUGCUUCUAUAAACUUUCCCCUUUGUGUUGAUACCCCCCUUUUUAAGUCUCGCAGCUUGAAUUCAAAGGGCUAUCAGCUCUCUCAUUCUCAGCUGCGAAAAAAAAUGGUACUUACAAAUUUCAGUGGUCCCGGUGUGGGAUUUGGUUUUGGUAUCGGUUGUGGGUUCGGCGUUGGGUGGGGUUUCGGAGGCAUGCCAAUGAACAUUUUGGGUCUAGGUGCAGAACUUUGUUUCUUUAUAGGCGGUGGCUGCGGGAUUGGUCUAGGCCUUGGAUGGGGCUUUGGCACUGGCUUUGGUAGUCAGUAUAGGUCAUCUAGGGUCACAUUCCAGGGCGUAGAAUUUGGCAGAAAGGAAGAAAGUGAUGGUGGUGAGUCUAAAGAUCUGUUGAAAAGCACAUGGGAAGGUCGUGCAUUACAGUAGCUAUUCACAUGGGAAGUUUCACAUCGGUAAAGAUGGCUGCAUUUCUUUGGGUGGAUUCAAAUUAUUAGAUAUUGUGUAAAUCCCUCGACUUUCUUUUGUUGUCUGCUGGUGGGUUCCGGGAUCCCAUCUUUCAUCCAUUAAGAUGAAAGGCAUAAAAAGUGGGGUGCCUGGAUAAUUCAGAUACAUUUGACACUUGAUGAACAACCCAAUUUGAAUAUUCUGUGCUGCUUUAGUUGGUGACUUUUGAAGAACUCAUGCCCUCUGCUUUUUUAUUCUUGAGGACCUUGCAAGCAUUAUUUCAUUUUUUUUUUUUAUGUUGGAACCAUCUUUACAUGAGUGAUGUGAUACUCUUGUAACAAAAUGCACGUUACGAUGAAACCCUUAAGCCGGAUUGUGCUAA